AUGUCUCCUCUAGGCUUCGGAUCGUUUCUUUCCCCGCUCCUUCUUUUUUCUGUGUGUCCUCACUUGCGAACUGGUAUUUCCCGAUCCUUCUCUUCUCUCUUGAAACCGCAAAAGUUUCGACCCCUGGUUUCUCGCGAGUGUCCCAGUGUCUCGGGCCGAUUUUUUAUACCGUCUCCGCAGAUUCCGUCUCGGUGUUUCGCUUCGCUGCCUGCGUCGAGCAAAAUGGCGAUUAAAGUCCUCGUUCCCGUCGCCCACGACUCGGAGGAGAUUGAGGCCGUCUGUAUCGUCGAUACUCUGCGCCGGGCCGGCGCCGAGGUGAUGGUUGCCAGUGUCGAGGACAACAAACUCGUUCGCAUGUCGCGCGGCGUUUGCGUCCAAGCAGACAAACUCAUCUCGGAGGUUCAGAACGAGGUAUUUGACUGCAUUGCCGUUCCGGGCGGCAUGCCGGGGGCGGAGAGAUGCCGAGACUCUGCAAUUCUCACGAAAAUGCUGAAAGCGCACAAGGAACAAGGCAAGUUUAUUGCUGCGAUCUGCGCAUCGCCCGCUGUCGUGUUCCAGACCCACGGCCUUCUUGAGGGAGAAAAGGCAGUUGCCUACCCUUGCUUCAUGGACAAGUUCCCCGCUAACGUCCGCGGCGAGGGACGCGUGUGCGUCAGCAAUAAAAUCGUGACUUCCGUCGGUCCCUCCAGCGCGAUUGAAUUCGCGCUGAAACUCGUUGAAGUGUUGUACAACGAGGAACAGGCGAAGAAGAUCGCGUCCCAGCUUCUUUGCUCCUGA